UAAUUCUCUCUUCUCGACUCAACUGUGGCUGCUUUGAAUUGAGAUUUGCUCUCUCUUUCGAAGCUCUUUUCUAUUCUUUUUCAGUUCCUCAAAGGGUCAGCUGUAUCCAUCAUGUCCUGAUUUUAUUUAUCCUUUAUACUUUGAUAAAGUAGUCAAAUUAUUUAUAAAUUAUCCCCAUAUCCCCCCAUACCAAAUUGUUUACAACAAAUUGCAGUUUCUAGGCAAAUAUUUUUGGUCAAAAUGCUUUCGACGCUUUUCUUUGCAGGCCAAGACCUUAGCGAUUCGAAGGUCAAGGGCUGUCAAUGCUGGCGUCCCGAAGUCACAAAAUGUACGACGGUAAAUUUAGAAAAGAAAGUCGAAUAUUUUCAAGAGGACAUCGAGGACAUCGCCAAUAGCAUAAUAAAGGUCAUGAUCCUCUGUCGGCUGCGUCCUUGGCAGGCACGUCGUGCGAAGGAGCCAAUCAAACGCAGCUUUAAUCAUUACGAGGAGUUUCGCUACAGGGUGGAUCGGGUGCCGCAAAAACGCUUCAGCAAAGAAAACUUUCUGCACGAUCUGGCCAUCGAGGCGGGCAUGAAUCGCAUGGACAGCCAACUGGCCUACGGCAUCACGAAACGCGCCUUCCGUGCCUAUUACCAUGGCACAGGGGAGGGUGGCAAGCAUCUGCUGGCGUUGGCCUCCCAGCUGCGUCAUACCUCCGAGUGCCUUUGGCUGCAUGCGUCCAAGCGUACGGCGGAGAUUUUUGCAAUUUAUGCGGGCCUCAUGUACGGCGAGCAGAAACAGUAUGAAGAGUGCAUCGAGUGCAUUUAUAAGGCGCUCUAUGAUGAGCUGCAGACCCGCCUAAUCUACGAAGAUCCUGAAUCACGUGGCUGCACCUGUGUACCGGAUGCAUCACAACACAGUGUGCCCCCAAAGGCGCCAUAUAAACAUUGGGACACGGCUUCAGCCAAUACAAACAUAAGCAUUCGGAGCGUUAAGACGACAGAGCUAUAUUUCAAUAAGCAGGUCACCUCGCAAAGUUCGCUGCGUAUGGAGUACACGAUGAUCUCCAUGGAGCAUAUCAUGAACAAACUAGAACAGACCUCCAUCAAGCAUGUAACCAGUUCCAAAACGUCGGAAAAGUCCAACGUCAAGCGAUCUAGGAAAAAGAAGAAGGAUAUUAAAUGCACUUGUCAUAAAAUGGAGUGUUUCGCGCAUGAGGUACCAGUGAUAACUGCUGAGUGCAGUCAGGGUCCGUAUAUUUGUCGGUGGUUGCCUUAUAAUGAGGAGGAUGAGACCGUGCCGUAUCACCAUGUGGUCAGCCCCAUUGCCGUUUGUCCGCCCUGCGAGGACACUGACGUGUCCUGCGAUGAUGAAUGCAUCUGCACAUGCCAAAUUUGCACUUGCCCGCCAGCGUUUGCUGAUGACGUGGAGGAGGCGCAUGGCGAAAAGUUAUCGAUUACUGGCUUGGAGGAUUACGAUUCGGAUUAUUGCUACCUGGCACCGUUCCGUGACUGGUCUAAGGCAGAAGAGCAAGAGCCGUCACUAGAGAUAGAAGAAGACUCCGACCCAUGCAUGUGUGAAAAAAAGCGAAACAAUUACCCUCAGCUUUUCACCUAUCUGGCGCCGUUCAAGGACGUCAAGUACGAGCCUGAACCAGAGCCCGUUGUGGAACCGGAAAAGCCUGCAAUACCACCUCCAGGCAUCUCAAUGGCCACCUAUCGCUGCUGGAAUGUUCCAGCUAAAUCGGGCAAUGAUAAAUCCACUUCCCAAACAAAUUUUCCCUACAUUUCGGUGCUCAGCACAACAAAUGAGCCUGCUUUCAAAAUUGAGGUGACUGUGAAGACGCAACACUAUCCGAAAUCCGCCGGCAAGCCACCCAAGGAAGCACCCAAAGCAUCCUCGGUCACAGUCAAGAAAAACACAAUUACAGCGCUCGCAGCAAAUAUAAAAGCCGUAGAAAAUGAAAAAGCCAACGAACCAGCUAACAAAGGGGCAGCCCCUGUUCGUCAGCUAGCUGCACCUCAACCUAGACCUGCUGCUCCCGCGCCCGCUCCUGCAAAUACUGCUACAGCAGCUCCUAAUGCUGCCGACGAUGACAAGCUUACAAAGGAGGAUAUUUUGGAAAUGUUUGGCUUGAAUAAGUAGUACAACAUAUCGUCUCUCUGAUCACGUUAAAACCAUACUAUCGUUUAGGGUCUGUCCCAACUCUCGCGCAACUUCUGUAAUCCGAAGAUAAUUUUUUACAGUUCUUUGUAUAAAAGGCACAAUUUUCAAGUCCCCAUAUGUAGUCCAAGUUUUAUUUAAACAGCUAAGAGCUUUUGUACAGAAAUUCCGUUUUAAUUUUAAAUAUGAUUUUAAAAUGCGAACACGAA